AUGGGUCUCCUCGGGUCAUUCAAAGAUAGGAUCAAGAGCUUGGUCCAUAGAGCACAUCGCAAGAAGCCAGAGGAUGAUUCUAGUCGACCAGCCGGCGAUCCCGCCCCUUCAACAAUCAUAAAGGAACCGGAACAAUUGGUCUCACUGUGGCGACCUAGUCAAGCCCAGCAGAAAGACAUUGUGAACCGAGACCAAGCGCCGCUCAAGACGCAGAAUCGUGCUGUGCAAAAUGUGCAGGCUGCGACCACCAGCGGGACCCUGCAGAUCGUCCUUGAGAACCAGUCCAACAAUGCUGAUAUGUACGCGUAUAUCACGGGUCAAGCUAUCGACAACAAUGGGGCCUUGUUUUUGCUUCAGUCGGACGCCAGGACACCUUACUAUCCUUCCAGUCCAUCUUCUACAGGACAGCCGAUACCAGUCAACAUCUCCAUACCCCUCGGAGCUCCAGGCAACAGAGUGAAUGCGACCAUUCCUCGCAUCGCUGGUGGACGAAUCUGGUUCUCGCAAGGCUCGCAGUUGACAUUUUUGCUCAAUCCUGGCCCCGGCCUCGUUGAGCCUUCAGUCUUCAACCCAUCUGAUCCCAACUACAGCAAAAACUUUGGCUUCUGCGAGUUCACAUUCAACUCGGCGCAGGUCUUUGUCAACAUUUCUUAUGUUGACUUUGUCAGCAACAUCCCCAUUGCACUCACCCUGCAGGACACCUCUGGAGGUACUCAGCAUGUCAGCGGAAUGAGGGCUAAUGGCCUUGCCACCGUGUCCCAAGGUCUGCGUGACCAGACAGCGAGGGAUGGCCGCCGCUGGAGUUCAUUGAUCGUGCAAAGUAACGGCCGAGAUCUGCGUGCCCUCAGCCCCAAUUCAGGCAUCACGAAUAACCCAGACUGGUUCGCGACAUAUUGGACAGACUAUGUCAACCAGGUAUACUCCAAAUACAGAAACGAGGACCUCAUCAUAGACACUCAGGCUCAAUGGGGUGAAGUCCGCGGGCGGGUCGGAAAUGACGGCGUCCUAGACUGUGGUGACGGCAGCAGAUUUCCCAGACCCAAUGCAAAAGACAUUUUCGGGAACAGUACAGGACCUUUUGCGACCGGCGGCAACGCAAAGACGAAUGCGAUCAUACCUCGUCUCGCUGCAGCCUUCAAUCGAAGCACCUUGCUGCUCAGCAAUCAGACCCCGAAUGGUACAAAUCCUUCCCAGUACUACCAGAACUCACCCACGAAUCACUACGCUCGCCUCGUUCAUGCUGCAAAUGUCGAUGGCAUUGGUUACGCUUUUCCAUACGAUGAUGUGACUCCAGACGGAGGAAAACCCCAAGAAGGCGCCAUCUUCAGCUUCUCUCCAUCUAGACUCAUCGUUACAGCUGGAGGCAACAAUGCGCACGCCUGA